AUCCGAAAGGAAUCGAAUUGAAACUCGCUUUUCAUUACGAAUUUGUCAUUCGAAAGAGAAGGUAAUGCAAUAAAACUUUUGCGCGCGCAUUUCUCUCAGUACAUAACGGUAGCGCUUCGUGUGUACGCCUCUGUGUGCGUGUGUCUGUGUGGGUGGGCUAAAAAAAUAACACUCGUUAGCGCUUUCUUGCUCGCUCUCUGGCAAUUGCCGCCUUUUGCCAUCCCGCUCUCAGUCGAUUCCCAUUCGAAUGCAAUUCGUUUCGUUGAUUUCUCCGAUUCGCGAAUGAGUGGGGGAAGAGGAGCCAAACGGAGAAGUAGAAACAGAGGCAGCGACGCUAACGUCGCCGUCGCAGCGGAGUAGCUGGCAUCUCUCAAUCCGUCGGUACACAUGUGAUGGUUGAAAAAAAUACCCUUCUCAGACAGCCGAAAUCGCAUCAGUCGGGUUUCCAGCUCGGCCGGGAAAAGUCGGGCAAAUUUCAAGAAGCGGCUCUGGACAGCUAAAUUGUUAAAAAUAAUACUAGUAAUUAAUCGAGAGACAAGCAAAUCCGUCGGUACGAUAUUCAAAAAAUUCCAUUACGAAAACGGGCAAUCGGAAUAUAUCAUUUGAAAUAUUGGAAAACAUAUAUUUCACGUCGAAAUUUCGAAGCGUUUAAACCUACCAUUAAGAAAGUGCGCGAGUGUCUUGUGUCAGUGGAUUUGAGUUUUAGAAUUACUUUUAAAAACCUUAAAGAAAACGCCAAAUUAAAGAAUCGUUUAAAAAGUGAAAAAAUACAAAAGCGUCGGCCAUGAUGAAGUAUGGAUUCUGUGACAAGUGAACAGAGUGAAAAGAACAAUAAUAAAUCGGGCGCAAUAAAUAACAAUAUUAGUAGUGUUAUCGAAAGAACUGCGGGCAAUAUGAACACCACCGCCAUGUUGAUGCACCAUCAGCAGCAGCAGCAGGCAGCCGCAGCAGCAGCAGCUGCCGCAGCAGCCCAACAGCAGCAACAGCAACAGCAGCAGCAACACAAUGGACGCGACGGUAGCAACAGUUCGCGCGGAGCUAACGACGAUCGUCCGAAUGGCCGGAGUUCGCAUACCGGACGAGGAUCAAGUUGCUCACCGGCCAGCUCACCAAGUCGUCAUCCCAGUGCCGUGAGUCCUGUUAGCUCCUUGAACCACUCCAUGAUGCAGCAGAUGCAACAGCAACAGCAGCAGCAACAGCAACAGCAGCAACACCAUCAGCUUAGCCCCCCGCCACAUGGUAUGCCAUCGGGAAAUGGACUGCCGACGGGUCUGCCACCCAGGAUGCCCCAUGGACUGCCGCCUCAUUCGCUGGGACUUCUGAACUCCCUGCAGAUGAUGCAUCAUGCCUCCCCCUUGGAACUAAUGGCCGCUGCCCAUCAUCAUGUGCCGCCAAGGUCGUAUAAUUCACCGCCACCGAUCUCCACCUCGGAUCCCAGUGCCAAUGAGUGCAAAUUGGUAGAGUACCGGGGUCAGAAGGUCGCCGCAUUCAUAAUUAGCAACGAAACCAUGCUUUGCCUGCCACAGGCCUUCGAGCUUUUCCUGAAGCACCUGGUUGGCGGUCUGCAUACGGUAUAUACCAAACUAAAGAGACUGGACAUUGUACCGCUCGUCUGCAACGUGGAACAGGUGCGCAUAUUGCGCGGAUUGGGCGCCAUUCAGCCGGGCGUCAAUCGCUGCAAGUUGCUCUGCUGCAAGGACUUCGAUGUCCUCUACAGGGACUGCACCACGGCCAGAUGCCUAUCGAUCAAGCCACCAGAAAGUUCCAGACCGGGUAGACCGCCCAAAAGGGGACCCGUGGGGCUUUCCCUGCCGCCCACACACCUAUCGCAGCAUCCGCAGUUGAAGAAACAUCGCCUGGACAACGGGGACUAUGCCUAUGAAAAUGGGCACAUAAGUGAUAUGAAGUCGCCCCUUUUGGCUAAUGGCUACAAUCCGCCGCCCAUCAAUCACAUGGCUUUCAUGCAGAUGAACGCCCAUCAUCCGGGAGCGGCGGCUCUGAUGUCGCCGGGUAUGCCGCCUCAUGGCUUGCAUGCUCGUCCCGAAAGCCAGAUGCUCAAGGCCGCUGCCCAAAACGCCGGAAUGUCAGCGGCCAAUAUGGACGCCUUGGCCAGAUCCGGAAUCUGGGAGAAUUGCCGGGCGGCCUACGAGGAUAUUGUCAAGCAUUUGGAACGUUUGCGGGAGGAGCGAACGGAUGAGCGCCAGCAGGCGAUGGGUGUGGGUGGAGCGGUCGUUGAUCGUGUCGGAAAUGUGAUGGUGGCCGAACAUAAGCCCAGGGAUCUCAGCUCGAGGAAUUGCUCCCCAACGCGCCAGAGUCCGGUACUGAAUCUCAGCAAGUCCGGCGGAAAUACAGAUCACGGCGGAAGCAACUGUGACGCGGGCAGCGAAAGAAGUGAUUGCCACUCGGUGGCGGGAUCCCCAGGACGAGGUGGUUCUCGCAGCCUGGACGAGGGCAGUCGCAGCGGUGUCGGAGGGGGCGUUUCCUCCCAUGUGGGUGGCGGAAUUAUCGGCGUGGAAGACGACGAAGAGGAGGAGGAGAACCUGAGCGACGAGAACCAAUCCGAAGUCGAUGAACGCUGCCUGGCCAAAGAUGACGAAGAUUUGAGUGACACGGAACGUGAUAACCUGUCCACGGGCUCGGCCGCAGCAGCAGCGGCUGCAGCAGCGGCAGCCGCCCAUCAGCUCCAUCAGCAUGCCGCCUCCCAUCACCACCAAACGGUUGGUCUCUCCCAUCACCUAGGGGUAGUGCCCCCACAUCAGAGGGGUUCGCCCUCAUCAGCCGAGGCAGCCGCUGCCGCCCUUCAGCACCAAAGAGCCUUGAACUAUUCGCAAUUGGCGGCAGCUGCAGCAGCGGCAAAUGGGGCGGCAGUGGGCGGUGGUGCUGUGGCCAAUGGUCCAGCCGGUGGUGGUGGUGCCCUCACCCCCAAUGAAGCACUCUUGGCAGCCAACGAUGCAGCUGCUUUGGCUGGAGGUCUAGCCCUGGGUCCGCUGGGCAUCGAUGCCCAUGCUGCCGUUCCAGCUAGUUCUACGGAAACGCUGCUCAGGAAUAUCCAGAGCCUGCUCAAGGUGGCGGCGGAUAAUGCCAGGCAACAGGAGCGCCAAAUCAGCUACGAAAAAGCUGAGCUCAAGAUGGAUGUUCUAAGAGAGCGUGAAGUUAAAGACUCCUUGGAACGUCAGCUUGUCGAUGAACGUAAAUUAAGAGUGCUCUACCAGAAGCGUUUCCGACGCGAACGGAAAAUCCGCAUCCGCUAUCAGCAGCAGCUGGGCGGUGGCAGUGGAGCUGCCAAGGGCAGUCCGAAUGCCAACGGCAGCGGUGGCGGUGGAUCUGGAUCUGCUUGUAGCGAAUCGGAGGCGUGUGGCGGCGGUGGCGGUGAUAACAAGUGCAACAACAACAACAAUAAUAAUAACAAUAGCAACAGCAGCAGCCACGGCGGCGAUAUGGAAACGAUGAAAGAAAACGAUGCUGGCAGUGAAAAAUCGGACAAGUCUCUGGCCUCCAAUUCUUCCUGUGAUGUGACCGCCGGGCAUUCGGCUGGAUCCGUUUCCGGAUCCAUCUCUGCCGGCCUCAACUGCCCGGGUUCCCCCACUCACUUCAAACGGGAGCCCCACUCCGAUCACGAAGGUUCCGUGGAGCGCCAGCCACGUUCUUCAGCUGCCUCAUUGGCCGCCCACGACGAGGAUAAUAUUAAAAGAAGCGGUAGUCGCGAACGUGAUGAGCGACCGCCCAGCGGAUCUGCAGUCUCUGUUGCAGCAGAGGGCAGUUUGGCCGCUGCAGCAGCCGCGGCAGCAGCAGCAGCCGCUGCAGCAGCCAGCAACGGAAAAGGUCCAUGGAGCUAUCCCGGCAUUGAUCUGAUGGCCACCGGCGCCUUCUGGCAAAAUUAUUCCGAAUCCCUGGCCCAAGAGCUAGAGAUGGAGCGCAAAAACCGUGCCGCCAAUGCCGAGCGGGAUGUGAAGAGUCCGCUGUCGGAACGGCCGACGGCCUACUACAAAAACUCCGUACUCUUCGGCAGCGCCAAUUAAACAGCUGGUCAGGUGAGGUGAGGUGGCCAGGAUUUAUUUGAUCUCAGAGUGCAAUCCCAGACGGCGGCGGCUCUUGAGUAGGGGGGUUCAAGAAAUUUAAGUGUACAUACCUAAGAGAGUUGAAAUAGAGGAUGAUGAAAAGCUGGAGUCUUAAGGAACGUUGCAAACGUUGGAGCGGCCAUUUUGUAUAUAGAGAAAAUAUAGUGAAAAGAUGCAGAACUUCCGAUAUCCCAUUUAGAGUGCUUAGAACCGAUAGCGGAGCAGAGGUAAGCUUACAGUUACGUUGUAUAUAGCAGCCGAUACGAA